GGAAACAUACUUUCGCCGUUUCGCGGAUCUUGAUUCAUAAUGUUGAUGCACUUACCACAAAGCUCGAACUCGCACUACUUAAACUCGGAGUCAAACGCUAAGAAGCCACUUGUACAUGUACGUCGCUCGACUUAUCACACCGGACGAAUGAGAAUAUGAGACUGAUGAUGAAUUGAGAUGCCACCGUUCGUACAUCAGACAUUAUGAAAUUCCACUAAUUACGGGGAGCUCAUAAACACACAAGUCGCACGGAAUAACCCAUCUAGCUCAACUUUCUGAAUGGGGCUCCCGACAUUUAAGACUUCUCAGCCACAGAACGAAGCUCACAGAACACGAAGGCACGUACAGCAUUCCACCAAAGGGAGAGAGGUUCAGUCCAAGAGAAAUGCCCAACUUCGUGGAACGAAACCCUGCAGAUAUCCGUGUUUUAGAGGUCUCCGUCGUUUAUGAAAGUCGUAGGAUUUGAAGCACUGGGUAUGGUCUCCCUCAUCGUCACGUCCUCCCAUAUGUCUUUCCGUCUCCAUUUGUUUCGUCGAUCAAGUUCAACGUAAUCCAAUCUAGCAAACCAUAAGUUGCUAGCUCAUAAAAAGGUGCUCACUACUCUCCCUAGAAGCGAAACCUUGCAAGGGUUUGGGGACUUCAGUAGGAAGUCGAGCGGCACUUGUUCUGCGGGAUCGAUCAAUCGACCAAAGUGAGAAGGUUCGAAAUGGAGAUCAACGAACUGACGAGCAAUCUGCAAGAUGCGGAGUCCAGCGAGGAACAUAUUACGGACAUGGAUCUCGACCACGGAACUUGCAUCCAAUCAGCCUCAGCUUCCUCAAAAGAGGGCGAGGGAGAGAGCUCAAAGGAGGACGUGGAUGUGAUGGCCGUUCUGAAUAGACUUAAUAUGGGUUUGAGGAGAAUCCGGUCGGAAGUUGUAAAGGAUAAAAUCGACAAAAAUCGUUCGAAGUUGAUGCUGCACUAUAGCGGUAGGAGCAAAAUGUUAGUCGACCGAGCGGACGCUCAGCCUGACAGAAGUUUCAAUUUCUCUGUGAAGAGAUUGUAUCCAAGCAUUCCUGAUAAUGCUUCAGACACCGCUGACGCUGCUGAAGCAUCAACAGCUGCAACAGCUCUCACUUUCGCCAAGUUAAGUGUUGAUAAGGAGUCCAAAGAAUUCCAGAAAUUGCUGCCUAGACCACUGCAGCAGCAUGUACCUCCACGUUACGUCACUUGGAUCUUCACUAAUAGAAACCGUCUUAUGGUCGAAGGGCAAUCGAUCGAGAACCAAAAGCGGAUUAUUUACCAAGGGAAGGAAGCAGUACUUGCCAGCGACUCGGAUGAUGAGCUGCAAUCAUCUAUACAUAAGGAGAAAGACUUCAAUGUGAAUGAGGACUCCAUCAUCUGGAUAGCAAUUCAAAAUUUUGGAGUAAGAGAUGAUCUUUUUGAGGCCAUAUCUGCCAUCAUCCACCGGAAGAGUGAAGACAUCAAGGACAGAUAUGAGCUGAUUAUGUCAGACGACACACUGGUGUCGCGUUUGCCGCGAUUGCUCCCAAGCUGUGUGAAUGAAAAGACAGUCGGUAAAAGCGUGGAACGAAGCUCAUGUCAUUUUGAAAAGAGUGACUUCUUAUCUGGCUACAUCGACCCAGAUCUUGACUGCAAAUUUCUGCAGCAAGCGUACUUGGAACUGACGAGAAAAAUUGAUCGAUUAUCGAUCCGAGAAAAUGAAACCCAUCAAGCAACAACCAUAUCGGAGGAACGGAGACACGAGAGUACUUCAUCCAUGAUCGGCAAAUUCUCCCAAGCCCCAGACUAUAAUUGUGAAUUUGAAGCCGAUCUGGAAAGUGAUGUAGAAAACUUGGAAGGCUGUAGAAAACUAGUUGCAGCAAUGAGUUGUUUACGAGCUGAAAACCAUCCACUUCUGAAGAAAGUAAAUUUUGACCUGGAGAAACUAUCACAAAGACCUGACGACCUGAGUGAAGCGAUGAGUUCAUUUGACAAUCUGUUUUGUCGCGAAUGCUUGGUUUUUGAUUGUGAGCUACAUGGCUACUCAAAACCACUUAUACUUCCGAGCUUAAUGCAGAGGCCAGAGCUGAGUACUUCACAAGAAUCUAGUUGUGAACCUUGUGGUGCACAUUGCUAUCUAUUCGACAGAAAACUGAAGGUGGACAAGCUUAGUGGCUCGGCAUUGGACGUUGAGAUGAUUGAGGGCGAUCAACAGGAACCUACAACUACGAACCAAAGUUGUGAUCAAGAUAGAAAAUCUGUCAUUAUCGGAUCCGAGGCGCCACUUUCUAUUUGCAAUACAAGUAUAGAGACGUGGAACAAUUUUGAAAUUGGCCUUUUCAACAAAGGCCUACAGAUCUUCGGCAAAUGCAGCUGUUUGAUAGCCCAAAAUCUACUCAAAGGAUUCAAGACUUGUGCCGAGGUUGCCGAUCGAUUCGCCGCGAGAGAAGUGUCCUCUAUCGUUGAAGAAGCCCUUCCGGCCCUCGAGAGACCGAAAGCAUCAAAGAAAAGGAGCGGUCGCAAGGUGAAGCUAAGGUUCUCUCAUAAGAGACCUAGGAACUUUGAGAAUUUUCGGCUCCAGUUCCAUCCUUGUGAUUGCAACUCGGGAUGUGGAGAUCAAUGCACAUGCCUAAUGCAAGGAACAGUCUGUGAGAAAUACUGCGGGUGUCCGAGGUUUUGUAAAAAUAAAUUUCCUGGGUGUCAAUGCGCUAAGAGCCAGUGCAGCAAUAAGUCAUGUGUCUGCUUUCUCGCCAACCGCGAGUGUGAUCCUGAUGUCUGUCGCAACUGCUCUUUCAAGUGUGGAGACACAACACACGGAGACACCUCAACGAGCGUGGGACGAAAGAUGCAGUCUACCUGCCUGAAUAUGAGGAUUCAACUGAGUCAGAAGAAAGCGGUCCUCCUAGCAAGGUCGGAUGUGAGCGGCUGGGGCCUGUUUAUGAAGGAGGCUGCAAUCACGCACGACUACCUUGGCGAGUAUACAGGAGAGCUAGUAACACAACAGGAGGCGGACAAGCGAGGAAAGAUCUACGACCUUGUGAACCUGUCAUUCCUCUUUGAUCUCAAUGAGACGUAUGUCAUCGAUGCUUAUCGGAUGGGGAGCAAGUUUAAGUUCGUCAAUCAUUCAUCCAAACCCAACUGCUACCCAAAGAUAGUGAAGGUGGCGGGUGAGCAUAGAGUGGGCAUCUUUGCGAAAAGAAAAAUCGAGGCUGGAGAGGAGCUGUUCUUUGAUUAUGGGUAUGAAAAAUUGCUCGGUGAGAGGACGCCAUGGUGGGCACGGAACGACAAGAAAGCUGGGGCCGUACAUGGUUCCACUCUGAAUACAAUCAGUUCAAGUUCCGGACAAAAGUUCAAGGAUGCUGCUGCGCACUGACACAUACUAACCUCUCGAAUCAGAACUAUACUCUCCUCUCCGAUCAUUCAAAGCUGUUCACAUAUAUAUAAUAAAAGUACAUCACUCAUCGUACACAUUUGC